CUGUCAUGGAGCCUGCCACUGAGGGCUCAGUCUACCUGGACUCUGCCGCAAAUGGUGGAGAUGUGACAAGGAUGGGCAGGGGCCAGAUUACAAGGGGCUUGAAGCCCAGGGAAAAGAGUAUGGAUUUUAUUCUGUAGGUCAGUGCUUUCCAAACUUUACUGCCACUUACAUGAUUUUUUGUCAUAUCCACAUUUCAGUUAUACUAUCUGUUUGAUACAUUUAAAAAAAUCAAGUGUCUGCCCAUUCACUUUUGAAACUGUCUUAAGCCAUAACACAUAGGAAAUUUUAGGAUUUCCCCCCUCAUUACACGUGAAAAUAAUAAAAAAAAUUACAGUAAAACAAUGUUGGUUUAUAUGCUGCUUAAAAUAAUUUCAGGAAUUUGUUUCACAUGAAUGAUAGGGAGUAGGGGUGGAUGUUAGGGGUAAUAGGCAGGGUCAUGACAGGCUGAGGUUUAUUUUGGAAAGACUCACAGUGGGUGCCAGAGUGGAGGUUAGAUAGGAAGGCAGGGAGACCUGCUGGGGACUCUUGCAGUGGCCUGCAUGAGCUAUGAUAAGGGUCUGAACUGAGGAUGUGCGGUGAGAAUAGAGAGGGACAGAAUUGAGGGUGAUUAGGGUAGAAUUUGAUAGGCGAUAGAGACAAGUGGCAUGGAGAUUGAGGGAGCAGGAGGAGUCCGGGUUGAUGGUUUGGGUUUGGUUGCCUGGGAAGAUGGAGCUGCCUUUAAAAAGGGCAAGAAGACUGGGUGGGGAGGCUAAGGUCACUCCAAAGAGCAGGAUAUGCAAAACAAGCACUCCCAGGGCCAUAGGGUUUGACUAGGCUUUAGUGAUGAUGCUGUGAGGUUCAUUGUCCCUUAAAUAAUAGCAAGCCUACACUUUAAAUUAAAUUAAAACAUUUUUAGUUUAGCUCUUUUGAGUGGACCCACACAUGCAUUCUCUGCCAGUUAUUACUGAGAAUGACUAAGUAUUAUAAUUGAGCUGAAAAUAAUCUCCCGCCCAUACUUGCUGGGUUGGUUUCUAAGUAUUGCUUGGGUUUUUAAGUAAUGAAACAAAGUUGUGCUCUUUCCAAAUGUUAAUUUUGAAGACUGCAGAUGGUAGCCAUCUGUUACGCGACUAGGAUUUUACAAUAUUUGAUUAGCACUUUAUAUAGUUUGGGGAAACCUGCCAGUGGAGUCUGCCCAUCAGGUUGGGGUGGUAUGUCCUCUAUGGCAACCCUUGAAGGUCUUUGUCCCAGUUGUAUCGGACUCCCCACUGCUUGUUGGGCCAAAGUGUGGCCAGUGGAUUGGCAGGUUGGUAUUUAUUGCAGAAGGACCUUAAGAAGCUCUGCCCUAUUUGCAUUCUUCCAUGGAGCUGGAGCUCAUCAGAGUUUAUUGUAGAAGAAAUUGAGAGGUGAGCCUCUGUCUAUCAGUUAGGAUUUUUUUGGUUGCAGAAACAAAAUAGCAUCUCCAACCUGCUUUGGUGGAGGGGAUUCAUUAGCUCAGAUCACUGGCGGUCUAAGGGUGGGGCUGUUUUCAGGUGGAUAGUUUUAGGCACCAAAUGAAUGCCUCAGAUGGUUUUGCUCAGGGUCUCAGCACUGCCGCCAGCUGUGUGGCUUCAGUCUGAGGCUUCAAGAGGAGGCACAAUGGCUUCCCUGAAAGAGGAUCAAGUGUUUUCAGCUGAGUCAAGUCUAGAGGGAAAAAGCGGAGUCCUUUCUGGUCCCUCAGCAUAGGUGUUGAGAGUCACUGUGAUUGGACCAGCUUCCACCGCGUGCCCAUCUGUGAACCAAUCCCUGCCACCGCUUGGAUGAAGGCCCCUGAUUGGUCAAGCCUGCAGUGAAGCCCCUCCCAGGCCUGUGGGCUAAGAUCCGCUGUGCAGCCCUGAAGCCUUAGUUGCACUUCUCCCCCUGUUACCGGAAGGAGGAAGGACGGUGGGGGUGGGCGUCCACCUGCCCACUGCAGUGUCAGAGCGAGAGCUCAGGGUACCAGGAGGCACUGGCAAAUUUAGCUGUGGAGACAGACAUUUUUUGUUGCCAGGAAGAUAACAUGUUGGAAAUGGAAUGAAGGGGCCUCUGAAACCAGCAGUUAAUAAGUUUCCUUUCUUAGUUUAAGGGCCUCUGAUAGAUUUAGUAUGCUGGUUCUCCUUAUUUAUUUAUUUUUUUGAGGGGGAGGGCGUUGUCUUUCUUCUUUUAUGUUAUUUUAAAACUAAGGCCAGUCGCUUAAUCUUGGUCUUUUAGCUCCUUCAUUUGGAACAUAGUGCAUUUCCCUCUCAUACAGGGGAAAUCUGCACAGAGGAGAUAACAGAUUCCAUUCAGGCCAGUAUAAUAAACAGGGCAUGAAGCGCUGGGGCCUGGGCCAGGCUCCACAGGCCUGGCAGCAGAUGAAUCCCUGGCAGUGUGGGAAGCACUGUGGUAGCUCCUUGAACAGGGCACUGUCACUCCCUGGGGAAGGACAGUCAGGAAGGGCUUCGCAGAAGAAGUGACACUGAGCUGGACUUGGAAGGCUGAAUGCAAGUUGCCUGCACGCAGGACAUGGGGAUGGGAGCUCUAUGCUAAGUGGUGGCUUGUGCAAAAGGCACCGAGAGGUGACAUACUUGCUGGUUUGGACGGUCUGGGAGAAGGUCCCUUGGAUCACCAUGGAAUGAGCCCAGGGUGUUGGUUCGGAGGUUGAUUUGAGCAAGAGUGUGGAGGAGACGGGGAGUGAUGGAAUGGAGGCAGGGAAACCAGGAGGGAUGUAUGGUGGAGGUCCAGGCAGGAGUCUCUGGGGCAUCUUGUUAAAAUGCAGGUUCUUUUCUAAUAGGUCUGCAGGAAGCGGCUGCAUUUCUAAUGAGCUCAUGGGUGAAGUCGAUGCUGCUGGUCCAGACCACACUUUUAGUAGGGAGGCUCAGACCUCUGGGCAUCCCCAGGAUUGCUGCCCAGCCCUCCCCUGCCCCAGUUAUCUGAAGUCAGCUGCUUUCUCCAUGACUUCAAGGCAGGGCCUUACUGCUUGUCUGCCCUGUCAGUGAUACCUCCUCACUCACAGGCUGAAGUUGGUCUCCAGAAAGAAGAUGCCAGGAUGAACCUGCUCGUUUUACCUUUGGUCCUUGCAGGCCUGCUCUGACCUGUGAUUUCUGCACAACUGAAUGCCCAGACUGAGCUCAGGCACAGUUCUGCAGAUGGCCCCACUGCCAGGGGCAGAGCUGGUCCAGAGGCCGGUACAGCUCUACCGGUACCUGCUGCGCUGCUGCCGGCAGCUGCCAACCAAGGGCAUCCAGGAGCAUUAUAGACAUGCUGUCAGGCAGAGUUUCCGGGUUCAUUCGGAUGAAGACAAUCCUGAGAGAAUCCAGCAGAUUAUUAAAAGAGCCAUUGAAGAUGCUGACUGGAUCAUGAACAAAUAUAAAAAACAAAACUGAGCCCCCAUGGCCAGGAGAAUGAAGCUGUCUAAGACACUGAAGUUGACAGGCCUCUCUUCUGGAACUAACCAGCAGCAGCAGUUUGGGAUCAUCCAUUGGCCCUGCAGGCCAAGGCAGAAAGGCAGGUGAGGGAGAAGCUCAGACAGCUCCUCUUACCUUGUCUGUGACCCCAGCAUCCUGUGUUUGCCCUCCCAGCCGGUUAUGAUGUAAGGUUGGGGAAUGUGCUUUUACAUUACUCUGAACAUGAUUUAUUUUGGGCGUCCUUCUCUGAGCCUGCAGCAGGCAGCACCUUGGACGGCAGCCUGUGUGGAGGCGAGCAGGCAUGGGUUUUGGAGCCAGGCAGAUCUGGGUUUGAAUCUCAGCUCAGCACCUUUUCAAGCAUGUUCCCUGGAGUCCACCUUCCUCUGUGAGGAUUAAGUAAGAUGAAGUUGAAGAACCUAGCCUGGGACUUGGUGCGUGGUGGUGCUAGUAAAGGUCCCUCUGAGGAGGUGUACCUACCUCUGCCCCCCAUUGCUCUGCCUGGCUCUCUCUAGCCCCCUCCAUUUCCAAUGUCAGUUGUUUGUGUGGGGCUUGUCCUGUCCCUGCCUGUCACCAUCAAGCCCUCAGAGCUACGCCAAGCCCAGCAGUCCGCCAAGCAAUUGGGCACCAUCCUGCCUAGGGAAGCAGAGCCCUGGCCCUUGCCUUUACCGUGUUCCUGAGUGGUGGAUGUGCCUUGCGUAAAAUACAGAAGGACGCUGAAGGAGCUAUAGUAGAUACCGCCCUGUUGGGUCUGGACUGGCCCUUCCUGCUUUGCUGCCAAUCGGAAGGCAAGAAGGAAGGUGAUGGAGAGACUGAAGCCGGUGGAGAAAGAGACUUGAAUCACACCCAAUUCCAUACAAGUUGCUCUUGGGUUACUUACCUCACCUCUGCCCUCCUGACGUGGUGAGGAGUCAUGAGCUCUAAUGCUUGUCAAAUGCUUCACGUGGAACCGGGCCCCAGAGCCGGCUACCUGCCUGUGGCUGGCUGCACUGGUCGGGAGCUCUGCUUUGCAGAAAGAGAUGGAAAUUCAGAGCUCGAGCCCCUUUUCAAGGUCACAAAGCUAGUAAAUCUACCAGGAUUGGAAAGAAAAAGAGAGCAACAGAGAAGGAGGGGGAGAAAAGGGGGGAGGGGAGGGAGGAAGAGAGGAAGGAAAGGGAGUGGUGGGGAAGGUCCAGAGGGAACUGGCCAGAGCAGGAGCAGCAGGAGGAUGCAGAGGGAGGCCACGCUGGUCCUUAAGCUCCCCAAGGACUCUCAGCGGGAAGGAAGAGCUAGCGUGUUUGUGUUCUUGUGCUUACACAACUUGAAGUGAUGCAGACAUGUCUGCAGGCACCCACUCGACGGGCCGGUAACGAAGCACAUCGAUUUGUGGGCGCCCUGGUGUCUUGUUGAACACCUGCUCGUUCCUUCUCCACAUGGGUGUUCUCCACUGUGCGCUGUCACACUAGGUGUUGAGGACUUAGCCUGGGAGGGCUGCCCUCUCUGCCAGACUUCUCUGCCCCCACAAGGGUGGGGGCAGCUGAGGGGUUUCAGGCCAGUCCCACAGCUGAACCUACCUUCCUCCCCCAUGCUUGGUUUUAGCCCUCUGAAGUCAGGGCCCUCUCCUGCAUCACGGGGGGGGGAGGGGGGUGUGGUGGUUGCAUCCCAGGCCUUUCACCAGCAGGAGAGGUAUGAGUGAAGACUGGCCAGGGUUUGGAAGGGUGAGGAUACUUUUCCCUUGAGUUGCCCCUGCAGGGAGUGAAGGAGAGAGGCAGAGAGGCCGCCACCUCCAGAGGGAGCCCUGGAGCUCUGCCUUCCUCAGCAGCCUUCUUGUGCUCUUUUUCUCAGACUUCCACAGCCCUGCAUGAACAUGCGGGUGGGUGGGUCUUAAAUCAGCUGGGGUCUUGGCUUUUAAAUGCACACAGCUGAAGUUUACAGAGUAGCCCCCGAGAAUCAGGAGAUGAAGGCUUGCUGACCGAAUCAGGUAGUAUGAACUCCAGAGCCAGGUGGAUCCAAGUUUAGAUCCCAGCCCUAUCACACUGUGGUGGUGUGAUUUUGAAGCUGGUGUGUGUGCUGUUAAUUUAGCCCUUGAACCACCAUAGGUUCUUGUUGCACGAAGUCGUGAAAAGGAAUUCACAGACUUUUUAGAUAAGUAAGCAGAGAGAAGCAAACUAUUCAAGAAAGGAAAUUUAGAGGAAAAAGAACACAAGCAAAAACUCCAAGGCAGCAAUGCCAAGGAGGGCCAAAAGACUCAAAUAUGGGCCCUUGUCUGAGGGAGAUUUAAACCUUUUAUCCUCUAUUCCAAAAUCUCACCAUCCUAUUUUGUGAUUGCCUUCUCCUAGUCUCUGUACUGCUCCGAACAGAUGUGCCCUUUUCCCAGCUCUUACCUUAGAGUUUCCCUCUCUUUUUAAAGAUUUUUUAUUUAUAUAUGCAUACAAGAACUGGGGUGUAGGCCAGAGGUGCGGGGGCAGGGGUGAGGUUUCACCAGACAGAUUGGGGAGCAGAACAGGUGGAUCCACUGAAAUACACUGCUGAGGGGAGCAGCGGGCAAGCCAGGAGAGGGCUGCUGUGCCAGGUGGGUUAGCUCCCUGGACGGGGAUAGAACUCAUGCUGCAGUGGCUGCAGAUAGCUUGUUAGUGCUGAGACUUUUACCCCUGGGCAACCAGGGAGGCCCCUACAGUUUCUAUUUUUACCUCCCCUGUCCAAGGUCUGUUAAAAUUUACUAUCCCAAUUAACCAUAAAUUUUAGUCUUAAAAUUUACUGCCCUGAUUAGCUCUCCUGAAUUUCUCUGCCCUUACUUCAGAAGCCUCUUUAACUCUUCUGAAGUCCCUGCCUGUACUGACCCUGAAGCUGCCUCAUUAACCCUUACUUGCCCUGGAACUCAAUUUGGGACUGGGUCCUUAACCAGCAGGGUGCAUAAUCACACGAUGGAAGAUCAAGGCAAUCCAAACUGACAGGCAGGCAGCCGUGACCUGCAUCUCGCAUCUCGCUGGUCUCAGGUUCACCCGGGCAUGACCCUUCUCUUUAGUGAGGUCUCUCCUCACCUAGUGUCCAGGUUACAAGCACAAUGCCAGCAGAAAGCACCUGAGAUUUACAGUCUACACCUUGGCUCGUGUAUCUUCACUCACUUUGCCUCACUGGUAUUUGCAUAAUGAAGCUUUCAGGUCUGUCUGUACAAUGAAAGGCAGUGGCUGUUGGAGACCCCAGGCCUCCUCCAGAGAUCGUGGCACGGCUGGAGAAUGACUCCUGGGCCACUUUAGUCUUGAGUACUGCCACUUGCCCAGGUUUUCCCCUUCCUCCGGUUGGAAUGUGUUGAAGAUGGGAAACCUGCUGUCAGAGAAGGGCUGUGGGUAGUCCUGGCCAGCUUGGAGGUGGGGGUGGACAGAGGGGCUUUCCUGGCAGAAAGGGGCUUAAGCACAGACACGAGCAGCACUCCUUGCUCAGGAACUCCCAUGCUGUUCAGUGUGGGUGAGAUAUCAUGGACCCAAGCGAUGGUUUUGUCAUCCUUUCUUUAAGCAAAUUGUCCCCUUGAGAGGGCUUUUGAAAAGCAGGGGCCACGCGCUAGUCCUUGUCGAAUCUUUAGGGCCAGCUAUGUGCCUGUUACCCAGGUGGUGAGCUAUACAUGUUUGUUGAAUGAAGGAGUGAUAAUACCAAGCAAAUCAAUAUCUCUCUUGUUGGGGGUUUUACUGCCUUUGAUGGGGAGCAGAAUAGCUGACCCCAAAAUAGGCCACUUGAAAUGUGGCAUAUUAAGUGGACAAUGUGGAUUGUCUUAAGCUUCAGCUUUUAGGACCCAAAAUAUGGGGAGAGCUCAUGAUCUCCCUUUUAAAAUGCCUAAUGAAUUCACCUGUCCCGGGAAAGAAGCUAUCUCCAAAGAUUACUCAGCUACUGUAAAGUAGGUGUAGCAGAUAGGAAGGAAUUUAGCAAAAUUUGUUUGUUAAAAUACCUGUCAUUGGGCCUCCCUGGUGGCUUAGGGUUUAAGUCUUAGCACUAUCACUGUUAUGGAUCGGGAGUUCAAUCCCCAGCCAGGGAGCUGACCCACAUGGCGCAGCAGACCUCUCCAGUCUUAAGGCUGCUCCCCUCAGCACUGUAUUUCAGUAGAUCUGCCUGUUCUGCUUCCAUUCUGACUCUGGUGAAUCCACUCACCCCCACCCCAUACCUCUGGCCUACACCCUAGUUCUUCUACACAAUAAAAAUAAAUCUUUAAAAACAAAAAUUCCUGUCAUUGUCUUCUGCAUGGCCCAGCAACAUGUUAUUUUUUUUUUCAUCUCCCUGUGAAUUGCCUUCCUUCCGUUUCUCUUUAGUCCAGAAUGACAUGUAUACACCUAUUUUGCCUAAUUAUCUUCAGAUUCUUUGUGUGGAUUCCCAGACUUAUGUAAUUAAAUUGCUUUUAUUUUUCUCUUGUGAAUCUAUCUGAUGUUUAUUUGAUUAUUCAAGCAGCUGAGAAGAACCAAGAGAGGAAAGGGAAUUUCCCCUCCCCCACAGUUUCUAGUCACAGGGGAGGCUUAUUUCUUGGCUAAGUACUGGAGGGUGUAUAUGUGUGGGAGGCUUCUCUUAUCCUUGGAACUCAGGCGCUGAUUUGGAGGUAGGAAUACUUGCCCUCCUGCAUGAUUGAUCAGCAUAGGUGCCUCCUAUAGAUUUUCUCCAGGAAGUUUGUCUUGAGAUAGAGAGAGGAUUUCCCCCAAAGCAGAGGUUAUCAAGUGUUGAUAUCCAAACUUCCUCCCAACUUUCUAAAUGAGCUCUUUUUUCCCAUCCUCCUUCCCUAGCUUUUCUAUGGGCUGGAGAUUAACACUGGCAACUAGAAUGAACGGAACAAACCACCUUUGUUUUAGGUGAAACUUGGCAGGUUUGAUGUGAGGGACUAACCUCUAACAAGGGAGGAAUAGUUAUAGUUCAAGGAAAAGAUAAGAAGUUACCUUAAGAGGUUAAGAGCACUGCUAUGAAGAGGGUAUAUGAUGACCCCCAAAAGUCACAAGGUUUCAACAAUUAAUAUAAAAGGUAAUGGGGUUGGAACAAGUUAAAGGCUUCUGGUAAUGCACUGCUUAAUCACUUUUGAGCCUCUCUGAAGAAAGGAAAAGUUGCUUCUGAGUGGACCAACUUUGACUCUUUCUUUUAAAGAGCUUGUAAGGGAAGGGGAAACAAUACUCACCAGUUACCUACUAUGUGCUUGGGUUGAGCAGGUGAUGGGGACACGAAGAUGAAUUAGUGCUACCUGGUCCUGGUCUCAUUUACUACUCUUGCCCUACCACUUCCCAGCACAGUGCCUGGCACACAGUAGGAAUGUCACAGCAUUUGCUUAAUGAAUGGAGACCAUGGUUCUUGCCUCUAUAACUUGCUAUCUGGUAGAAUAGACAAACCUUUGUAUGGAACAAAAAAUAGUUUUCCUUCUACCCUUCUGAAUUUGUGGCUGAGACCUCUUGUGUCUUGUGUAUAAUAAAAGACAGAUUAACAGGAGAAAAAGUUUAAUAACAUGUACUUUCUGUAUAGAUAGGUGAGAUUCAGAAAAACCGAGCAACUCACUAAAUGGCCUAAGCCACUUCCUUGAAGUAACAGCUAAAGACAAAAGAUGUUGGGGGUGGGAGAGGAAGACACAGUAAACAGGGUAUGGGUUGUUGUGCAGAUUUGAGUUGCUGCCUAGUCCAUGGAUAACAAGAAAUAAGAUUCAUUUCCCCUUUUGGUAUCAUUCCACUAUAACUUUAUUUCCAUAAAUGAUACUCUGAGAAGUGCUAGGACUCUAUUUAGAUAGCAGUGAGGUUAGAAAAGAGGUAUGUGCUCAUGAACAGGCACUUGGAUAGCUGAAAACAGGGCCAAGUUGUUCCAAAAUACCAGACUAUCUCUACUCCCACUUACCAACCCCUAUAGGCUAUGACCAAUCCUGAGGAGACACGGACAUCUCUGGAGAGAGGGAAUCUUCCCACCAACAUCCGGGGAGGUACCUCAUUUUCUUUAGAUCUCUGAAACUGGGGGCUCGUAACCUUGAAGUUGACUAAGCCCCUAUGUCUGUGAAUUUCAACCACUGGCUCAAAGCAGCCUCCCAUUCCCAAACUGAUGUGGGUUUUUUUUACCCCCAUUGCUGGCCUCCCUCCUGCCCUGCCCUUGAUGCUUCCUGGCACCCACAUUGCUUGUAAGUAGAUUCCUUACUCUCCCUGUGCCCAACCUGUUUGUUCCAUGUAUAUUUGCUCAUAUUGCUCCUGUCUGGAAUUACUGACCUGAAAAACACUAUUUUCUCUAUCUUAGGCAUUACCUCUUCUAUGAAGAUGUUCUUUGCUUCCCUUAAAAUCUCAUUUCCCCUUUUCAUGCCCUCUUUAGGUUAGGGUGAGAGUGACUGACUCUUUUGCCUCAUUCUAUUGGUCAACACAAGUCACAGUGCUAGUCCAGAUUUAAGGAAAAUGAAAUAGUCUCUACCUCUUGAUGAAAGGAGUGUUUGCAUGUAAUGAGAAGAGGCACUGCUUUCCUGCAGCCCCUAUUCUGCUCAGCAGGAGCAGCUUCCUGCACUCUGAAAGCUAGUGCUAACCUCCCUGACCCUUUAUUCUUCUGCCUUCCAAUGGGUUUCUAGAACUUAAUUUCCUUGAGUGAGCCCCUUCUUGAAAUGCCUGGAUUGGUUUCUCAUUACCAAACACUUACUGAUACAGAGCCUCGGGCACUGUCCUCUCAGGAAAAAUCCCUUUAAAAGAUUUAUUUCUUAUAAAACUAUUCUUGAAAACUGAGGAAAUGAAUUGGGACGGAGACCCUGGUAUGUGAUUCUGGAGGUCCCUCCUUGGAAUCCAUCAUUGGCUGAAUCCUCUUAUCUGCCCAGCAUUGACUGGGGGGCCUGACCUGGAGGAGGAGAAGAAAUUGUCCAGGACUUCCCAGUGGUUCCAUUCCAACCACAUUUUCCUUCUUUCUGGUUGUUAACUGCUCAUCCCAGCAUGAAGGAAGCAGUGGGAUUAUUGUCUCCAAUGUAUAAUGAUGAGGGAAACUGAGGCUCAGAGAGGCUUGAAAUGGGUGUGUGUGGCAAAUCCAGAAGAGCAGCUCUGUGCUCUGUCUGUAAGUUCAUGAUCUCAUCACCAAAAAACCAGAAAAAUUCUGGGGGAGAUGUGGAGGGAAGAUUCAUUAAGCACCUUUAUUAUGUUCACACUGAUUUUCAUGUAAUAGUUCAUUUGGCUGAAUCUACACCAAGACCUGUUUCAUGAUUCCCACUGAUGAGAAAAACAAGGCUCAUGGAGCUUUGAUGAGUUGCCCAGAGUCACACAGUGGUAGAUGUGAGAUUCCAACCCAGGCUGUCUAGUCCCAAAACCUGUGUUCUCCCUGCUAUACCACCACCCCCGGAAAAGUUGCUGAGGGGGGAGAGAGGGGCUGGUACUGUUGGUCAUUUUCAGGGCCCUUUCUGCAAAAGUGCCUGUGUGUGCCUGUCUGUGCCAUGACAGGCUCUCCAUGUAGUUGCUCAGAUGUUGGUUCAAGCUCUGGGAUCUUCCAGUUGAAGGUUGAGCACCACUCAUUUCUAGACUCUAACCUGCUGUGUUUAGUGCUUUAAAUGUGUUAGCUCCCCUUCUCAAAAACCAUGCCAAGUGGUUAUGAUUAUCUCCAUUUUAUGGACGACAAAUCUGAGGCUUGGAAACAUUAGGUAACUUGUCCCAAAUCACGAAGUAAGUGUCAGGAUGGGAUUUGAUAAGGACCUGAAUCCACCUGACUCUAAGUCUGUGACCCCUGCUGGACUUCACUCAGCUUAGAGCAAUGAGGAGCGUGACCAAGUGGACUCAAGGUCAGUGUCAUGAGUCUCUUUAAAAGGAUCAUUAUUAUAAAGAAAUUUUAAUGAAAAUAAAAAUGCUUGUGAUAUGAUGCUCCUGAAAAAAGUAGUACAUAAAAUUCCAUGCGCAUUGUUCACAUAUAACCAAUAAACCAUUAAUCAAACUUGCCUAUGUAGAAGAAAAUAAAACUAGAGAGAACCAUCAAAAUGUGAACAGUGGUAGUGAAGUUCUGGGUGAUUUUUCCUUCUGUUUUUCUAAAUUUGUCAAAUUUUCCUCAAUGCAAAAAAAGGCCUUUUUAAAACAACAACAACAACAACAACAACAAAAGAGCCACCCUGGAACAGGUCAGUUAAAGAAAAGAUUGACAGAGGGGAACCCUUCAGGCAUCAGGAGGGUAGAAAGGAGGAAAGGGAGGCUGGGAGCCAAGUUCCUCCCCUCCUCCAAGAGGAAACCAUCUUGGUUUUUGAGGGCCCUGCCUCAGUUGGUCUCUGAGCACUCACUGUGGACACCAGUCUGGGCUGGGUGCUGAGGCUGGCCUGGCCCACCAAAGGCCCCGUGCUCUCCUGACUGUACUGUUUAUCUUUGUGUCUUUAAGGACAGGAAUGAACACAGUGCAGGUUUUCUGAUCCAGCAGACCGGGUGAAGGAGGAGUCAGAGUCCUCAGUGGUUUUCAUUGGGAUUUACCCGGUACACGGCAGGCAGGGGUGCUGGGGGGCCAGGAGGCUGGCAGUCCUCCCAGCCCCCAGCAAAUCCGCACUGUCUCUGGGCUUUCUGGCGUUCUCUGCUUCUGCUUCUUUGCUUCUCUCUCGGCUUCUUUUCGGCUUCUGCUGCUGCUGGCGUCCCCAUGACGCUGCCCUUAAAAGCACAGUCUUAGCCCAGGUGAAUCCAUCUACCUCUGCCCACACCCUAUUCCAGGUGCCCACCAUCAGGCAUGCAUUCAGGACAAGGAUCCAUCAUCUAUCCUGAUGGCGGGAGGGCAGAAAAGCCUGACAUUUUUCCUUACCCUACAGUGUCCCAAGGCCAAAAGCAAUGGCCUGUGCUUGGUGAGAGCACAAUAAAGGUUGAAUAGUGAGCAUCUGCAAGGUCAUUUUUUAGGACUGGUGACUUGUCUUUGAGACCUGACUUAUCAGCCAAGCCUCUAGGAUGAGAUAGGAACUGAAUUUCACCGUGUUAUUAGUGUACCGAUGCAAGAGAAUCCAGAGGACUCAGCUCUCCUAAAUCAGUUUCUCUUUUGUUCCUCUUAGGGCUGCCAUCUUCUCUGAUGAGGAAACCUCUUCUCAGGUGGUGCAGAGGUCUCCAUCAGCUCAGGGACUCUUAAAUUGUGGGGUUUGAAUACAUGAUAUUUAAUUUUUCACUAUCUAGCUGCUAUUAGAAUCAUUUGGCUACUUUAUAGGCCAAACCAUUACAGCUUCAUGAUGGCCCUGCAAGGCGGUUUCUAUCCAGCUUCAUCCCGGAUCAGCCACCAAUCCCAAGGCUCCUUUCUCCCAAUCUGCUCCAGCUAAAUCAUGUCACCUGCUCUCACAGGCCCAAUGCUUCAGCCUCUAGUCCUAGCUGUUUUGCUCUCCUGCCUACUGUGCUCACCCCCUUAGUCCAUCUGCCACACACCUCACUUCUCGUUCAAGACUCCUUUACAAAGUCUUUCUUGACUUGUGUUUAUCAGUAGAGAUGGAGUUCUACCAUCUCUAGAACACUGCAAACACUCCAUACUUACACUAUCUACACUUGGUUGGGAGCUAGGAACCUGGUAUAUGUUAUCUUGAAUUCUGACAGCAACUAUGUGAGGAAGGACUGUUGUUUCCUUCUCAAAGAAGUGAAGACUAUCCCAGGCUCUCUCAGGCAUUGAUGGUGGAGCCAGGAUCAACACUAUCUGUGAACAGUCAGUGUAAGGUCAGGAAUGAACACAGUGCAGGUUUUCUGAUCCAGCAGACCGUGUAAAGGAGGAGUCAGAGUCCUCAGUGGCUUUUCAGGUUUUUAUUGGGAUUUACCAGGUACACGGCAGGCAGGGAUGCUGGGGGGCCAGAAGGCAGGCAGGUCUCCCAGUCCCCAGCAAGUCUUCACUCUAUCUGGGCUCUCUCUGGCAUUCUCUUGGCUUCUGCUCGUUCUUGGCUUCUCUCUCGGCUUCUGCUGGUGUCUCCGUGACACCACCCUUAAAAGCCCAGUCUCAGCCCAGGUGAAUCCCAUCUACCUCUGCCCACACCCUAUUCCAGGUGCCCGCCAUCAGGCAUGCAUUCAGGACCACAAGGAUCCAUCAUCUAUCCUGAUGGCAUGAGCACAGAAUAGCCUGACAUUUUUCCUUACCCUACAGUCAGGUUUUGCCAGAUCAAAUUGGAUUACUAAGCCAGGUGCUGGCUCCUGUAGCAGUGGCGACUGUGCAUUCCCAAUAGUCCUCAAGUGACAUCACUGAUGGUGCCAGGGAAUAUCCUUGUGCCUUGUUCAGCAUCCUCUGGGUUCUAAAUAAUUUGCUUGCUGACAUUUGACCCUGACUGGGGUGACGGGGCAUAGAGUAGCAGUCUGCUUGGAGGGGGAGCAGCUAAGAAGGGUCUGAAGCUGCUCUUGGGCAAAAAUCAUACUGCUUAUAUGGACUGAGUAUUUAUAUGAGACAGAUUUAGAAUGGCUUCAUGGUGAUUAUGGGGGACUAAAUCCCUUACACAACAAUUGUGGAGGGAGUGAGGAAAAUUUGGGGAUAGAGUGCUGGAUUAGGGAAGCAGAAGGUAGAAAUGUGGUUGUAGGACGCUGUAGGGUAAGGAAAAAUG